AUGCCCCUGCAACAAGAACAAGAACAAGAACAAGAACAAGAACAAGAACAAGAACAAGAACAAGAACAAGAACAAGAACAAGAACAAGAACAAGAACAAGAACAAGAACAAGAACAAGAACAAGAACAAGAACAAGAACAAGAACAAGAACAAGAACAAGAACAAGAACAAGAACAAGAACAAGAACAAGAAGAAGAACAAGAACAAGAACAAGAAGAAGAACAAGAAGAAGAACAAGAACAAGAACAAGAACAAGAACAAGAAGAAGAACAAGAACAAGAACAAGAAGAAGAACAAGAAGAAGAACAAGAAGAAGAACAAAAAGAAGAACAAGAACAAGAACAAGAACAAGAAGAAGAACAAGAAGAAGAACAAGAACAAGAACAAGAACAAGAACAAGAAGAAGAACAAGAACAAGAACAAGAAGAAGAACAAGAAGAAGAACAAGAAGAAGAACAAAAAGAAGAACAAGAACAAGAACAAGAACAAGAAGAAGAACAAGAACAAGAACAAGAAGAAGAACAAGAAGAAGAACAAGAACAAGAACAAGAACAAGAACAAGAACAAGAAGAAGAACAAGAACAAGAACAAGAAGAAGAACAAGAAGAAGAACAAGAACAAGAACAAGAAGAAGAACAAGAAGAAGAACAAAAAGAAGAACAAGAACAAGAACAAGAACAAGAACAACCAGAACAC